UCUUGCUGGAUGAUCCGUGUCCCUCUUGAGUGUGAAGUGAGGAGAGAGGUGGAGGGGGAAAAGGAUAUGGGACCGUGGCUACGUUUCCUCGCGUUCUCAUGAUAACCGUGUGUGAGUGAGGGAUUGGGGAAGCUUGGUUUUGGCUAUAAAUUCCCCCAUUUCAAUCACAAUCGGACACUGGGGUUGAAAACAAAACCACUAAAUCAAUGUUCCUAAGGCAAGCUGGCUUCGCUGCGGGAGAUGCGCGCGAACACAAUGGGAGACAACACACUCACUUCGCUUGGAGGAAUACAGCGAUGUAAUAAUAUUACUCUACAAUAAUGGGAAUACUGUCGUGGUGGAUCUUGAAGCAAUACACCCGGAAACUCUGCUGCCUGAACCAGUAAUAUUUGUUUUGUUUGCUGUGACAACAAAUUACUCUGUAAGCGACUGCAGUCUCGUAAAGAACCGUGGGCAUUUUUUUGCACAAGCGAUGCAUUUUGAGAGGGAGAGAAGCCGGACAUGCCCUAAAUGAAGACGCGGUGCUUGUUUAGUUCCUACAUUACAUUUGUUGCCAGUUUUAUAAAUCCACCGGGAUGUGAAAGGAAUUCAUUUCCUGCGUCGAAUUCUCAUGCCCUUUUGCACAUCUGGAUAAGUAAAUUGUUUUGAUAUUUAAUAUUAAUUUAGUAGUGUAACUAAUUUAAUAUAGUACGCGUUUAAUUAUAGUAUUAUUACAAAUAGCCUACUAUUACUUCCUUAUUACUAGACGACAUCAAAGGACCAGUGUCUGUAAGUAAUUUUUCCAUUCAAAGUAACGUCUGUCCCACUCGUGUAGCCUAUUCCGUAGCUCCCAGUUCAGUUCGUGUCCCUAGAGAAUGUACCUUCUUGACGGUAAUAUAGAAAGGAUGGAGCGAGGAACGCCACAAAGGAAAACAGUGUACCGGAUCUCUCUCACCUUGGUAAAGAAAGAGAGCUUGGAGGAGGAGGAUGGGGUUAGCUGCGGGAGCUCUGGACCACGACGUCUCGAGAACACCAACGUGGGCGCUUACCGUCGCGAGGUCUCCUCGGAGCUCCAGAGGAGUUGUCUGCUGGAGGAGCUGAAAGAAGUUGAGGAUGAAAGCGACGAGUUCCACUCACACAACUACAUGAGAAAUUUCAGGACAUUCAGCACCGGACAAUUAGAACUGGGAAGGCUUAAAAUGAAAAAGGUGCAUCAGUUGCAUAAAGAGUUGAAGGAAACUAGCCCCUCCACAGAGCCUGGUAACAACAGCCAGGCCUCAGAGGAGACCAUGUCACCGCAGAGUCAGAAGAAAUCACAGGGGAUAAGCUGGACACAGGAAAGCGCUGAAACUGACUCGAGGCUUAAGGGGGAUAUUUGCACGGAGACUGAAAAAACCUUGACAACAUCUGCUUCCUACGGUGAGAAUGGGAGUGUUGAUCAGAAGAAAAGACUUCUGAAAGCCAAGAGCACAGAGGACAAGGGCAGUGAUGCUCCAACUAAUGGGGACGGGGGUAAGGACAAGUCGUGUGCGUCCAAAAGUAACGGAAGAGCCGUCAAGGCCUCUCCCGAGACGCCGCCACUGAAGAGCCACCCCAGCCUGCUUCGCCGCAGCUUCAGUUUCCGCCACUGGACGGGUGGAGAACUGCUCCGCAUCCGGACCCUCUCCAAAGACCAGCACCACAGCAGCUCUGGGUGUGUCGGCCGCGGGGAAGGAACAGCCGGGGACGACAACCAGACCCCCCAGUCCACAGUCCUCCAGAACCCGGCUUACGAUGAGACGGGACCUCCUAAACGAAACACGUUAGAAGUCGGGGCUGUCCUUAACAAGACUGACUCAAUGACGGAGCUGAGCCGCUGGGAACGAGCGAGAGGCAAAAACCGCACAUUGGACAACAGCGAUCUGAUCACUCUUUCCAUGAAGAGUGUGUCAGAGAAGGAGGGGUUUCUGAGAGGCACCGGCUGCCGCUCCAGUGGCUCGGACCGGCGGCUGGUCAGGUUCUUCAGCGGUAUCUUCUCCAGGAAGGAUGGAGGGAUGGUGUCUACCUCCACUCCGGUGGGCAGCCCCAGCACUAACCGCUCCCUCAGGAAGGGGAAGAGGAGCGGCCCCAUGGCCUACUCCCAGUCCAGCACAGAGAGUGUUAACGGAGGAGGCGGCCUGUCGUCAGAGGACGCCUUUGUGAACAGCCAGGAGUGGACCCUGAGCCGAUCGGUACCAGAACUCAAAGUGGGCAUUGUGGGUAACCUGGCCAGUGGGAAGUCUGCGCUGGUUCACAGGUACCUGACAGGAACAUACGUCCAGGAGGAAUCUCCAGAAGCUGACGUGGAUGCAGGGGGCCGUUUUAAGAAGGAGAUAGUGGUGGACGGACAGAGCAACCUACUGCUCAUCAGAGAUGAAGGGGGCCCCCCAGAGGCUCAGUUUGCCCUGUGGGUGGAUGCAGUGAUAUUUGUGUUCAGUCUGGAGGAUGAGAUCAGUUUCCAGACAGUCUACCAUUACUACAGCCGCAUGGCUAACUACCGAAACACUGCUGAGGUACCUCUGGUGUUGGUGGGGACGCAAGAUGCUAUCAGCUCAGCCAAUCCCCGGGUCAUCGAUGACACGCGAGCACGCAAGCUGUCCAAUGACCUGAAGCGCUGCACCUACUAUGAGACGUGUGCCACCUACGGCCUCAAUGUCGAACGGGUCUUCCAGGACGUGGCCCAGAAGAUCGUGGCGACCAGGAAGAAGCAGCAGCUGUCCAUUGGUCCGUGCAAGUCCCUCCCCAACUCCCCUAGCCACUCCUCUGUGUGUUCUGCACAGGUGGCAGCAGCAGUUCACAUCAGCCAGCAGACCAGUAAUGGCGGCAGCCUGAGUGACUACUCCUCGUCAGUCCCCUCCACCCCCAGCACCAGUCAGAAGGAGCUACGCAUCGACGUCCCCCAGACCACCAACACCCCCACGCCCGUCCGCAAGCAGUCCAAACGCCGCUCCAACCUCUUUACUUCUCGGAAGGCCAGCGAGCCAGACAGGGACAAGAAAGGACUGGAGGGCCGAGCGGACAGCAUUGGAAGCGGCCGUGCUAUUCCAAUUAAGCAGGGCAUGCUUCUGAAGAGGAGUGGCAAGACCCUAAACAAGGAGUGGAAAAAGAAGUAUGUGACGUUGUGUGACAAUGGCCUGCUCACAUAUCACCCCAGCCUGCACGACUACAUGCAGAACGUCCAUGGGAAGGAGAUAGAUCUGUUGAGGACCACAGUGAAGGUCCCAGGGAAGAGGCCUCCCCGAGCGGUGUCUACCUGUGCCGCUGUCCCCAGCCCGAAGACAAACGGCCUGGCCAAGGACAUGAGCAGUCUGCAGCUGGGACCUGGUGGCCCUGGCUCUGUCACCAGUAGUUUGUCAGCCUCUCAGAUGGCCAGUGGGAUCAGCUUGGUGUCCUUUAACAGUCGUGGGGACGGCAUGCACCAGAGAUCCUACUCAGUCUCCUCCGCCGACCAAUGGAGCGAGGCCACCGUCAUCGCCAACUCAGGAGUCAGCACAGACACGGGUCUGGGAGAGUCUGUGUGCUCCAGCCCCUCCAUCUCCAACACCACCAGCCCUAAGAUGGACCCGCCCCCCUCGCCGCACGCCAACCGCAAGAAGCACCGCCGGAAGAAGAGCACCAGCAACUUCAAAGCCGACGGCCUCUCUGGUACUGGGGAAGAACAAGAGGAGAACUUUGAGUUGACCAUUGUGUCUUUGACGGGCCAGACGUGGCACUUUGAGGCCACCUCGUACGAGGAGAGAGACGCCUGGGUCCAGGCCAUCGAGAGCCAAAUCCUAGCCAGCCUGCAGUCCUGUGAGAGCAGCAAGGCCAAGUCACGUCUGACCAGCCAGUCUGAGGCCAUGGCCUUACAGAAUGUGAGGAGCCUAAGAGGGAACUCUCGCUGUGUGGACUGUGAGGCCCAGAACCCCGACUGGGCCAGUCUCAACCUGGGAGCAUUGAUCUGUAUCGAGUGUUCAGGGAUCCACAGGAACCUGGGGACCCACCUAUCUCGUGUUCGGUCCCUGGACCUGGAUGAGUGGCCCCUGGAGCUCCUCAAGGUCAUGACCUCUAUAGGCAACGAGCUGGCCAAUGACGUGUGGGAGGGCAACGCACAGGGACGCCUCAAACCAGCACCCGACGCCACCAGGGAGGAGCGUGAGCGUUGGAUCCGAGCUAAGUACGAGCAGCGGUUGUUCCUGGCGUCGCUCUCGGGGGUGGACCUAUCCCUGGGCCAGCAGCUGCUGAGGGCCACGGCCGAGGAGGACCUGCGCUGCGUCAUCCUGCUUCUGGCUCACGGCUCCCGGGAGCAAGUCAACGAGACGUGUGGAGAGGGAGACGGACGCACCGCCCUUCACCUGGCGUGCCGCAAGGGCAACGUGGUCAUCACACAGCUCCUCAUCUGGUACGGGGUGGAUCUGAUGGCGAGGGACGCCCACGGUAACAGCGCGCUGGCUUAUGCACGGCAGGCCAGCAGCCAGGAGUGUGUUGACACGCUGCUGCAGUACGGCUGUCCCGAUGAACGCUACCCACUUAUGGCCACGCCCAACCUGUCCCGACGCAACACCAACCGCAACAACAGCUGCAGCAGCACGGGCAGCACCGCACUCAUAUAAACACUACUGCCCCCUUCAGGAGGCCUCUGGGUACUGCGGCUCGCAGGAUAUUAACAGGCUAAACACACAUUGUGACAUUAUAUGCAUAUUACACACUCAAAAUCCUGACUGAAAAAAAACUGUGACAUUUUUGGAAGUGAGGGGCUUGGAGAGAGUCUGAAUUGGGAGAAAAUGACUGAACUCUUUUGGGAACCACUACUUCUGCACUCCUUGUCUUAGUGCACUCAUUGACCUCUUACCCUCUCCACUCUGACACUAAUCUCACACAGAAGACACUAGCACUCCUGUUGCCGUUGAUGAAGCCCUCUGUCCUUUUGGCUCUCUGCCCCACAUCAUGAUGACCCCCUCCCCCGCGUGCUUCGGUCCAAUUAUCAAUUUCCUCACAAGGCCCUCCCCUGUAAAAGCAUGGGGACAGGAGGUGGCUUGGCAUUACUUCCGGGUGGAGUCAGGUCACCGGCUUCCCCCACUGCUAUCUACCUGGCUGCAUGUGGCCCUAAGCAUGAUGGGACAUGGGGAGGAGGUGGCCAAAAUCACGUGAAAAGCAGCGACUCCCCCUUCUCAUAUACCCUCUAUUGACUCCCCCUUCUCAUAUACCCUCUAUUGACUCCGAUCUGCAUCUGCUCCCAGCUUCAACCCAGGCCACACACACACUAUAUCACUACUAUGUCACUGCUUUCUCAGCUGUACAGAAACAGAGGCCUGCGGGUUUGGAAAGACGUUGGAUGUUUGAAGAAGGCCUCUGUAGCAUGUUGUGGAAGGGGGGGUUGCUUUUCACUUAAGUUAUGGGAGCUCUACCUUGUAACAUGAGAACUACAAAGAACUACAAAGAACACUGAUCAACUGAACAGAACUCCUCUUCUACUCUGGUUCUUCUUUAGUUCUCCACAUAAUCAGUGUUUCCCCUCUCUUCUCUUCAGUAAAUUAUGUGAUCUCUUUCUCCUGUGGAUGUUUAUUUUUUAUUUUUUAAUGUGGAACAAAAAUAUCUUCUUGUAUAAACAGUUUAAGAAAGUGAGAGAAGAAAAUCCUAAAUAUCGGAUAUUCCUUGGAAGUAAAACAGAAAGUGUGAUAGCAUGACAGACACUUUCUCUUUUCAAUUAAAAAAAAGGUUGUUCAUCCCGUCCACAUUGUGUUUAUCUCGUUGUGAAUUACUGGACCAAUGAAUCAGUUCUACAGAGAAGUGAGUUUGUCAUUUCUAUUAGAAGCCACUUGCUAGGUGUAAAAAGCGUGUAUGUAUUUCCAGGCUCAGGGACCAGAGACGGUCAAUUCUAUGUGAUCUUGAAACCCCCACAAUUCCACUCGCCUCAACAACAGUCUUAGAUUUACAUUUCAUCCGUUCAGAGGAACAGUCCACCUCCAGAAUGUACAGGAAGCAUCGUGAUGCUCAGCAUCAGACCAUCAGCCUUCUUCAGGAUCAUCGUACGGUUGGUCCACCACACAGAGACCAGGGGAAAGUGUUUUCUGUUUAGUGUUUUAUCCUUCUGCAUAUUAUUCUGCCUUUUCUUUACUUUAUCAGGUCCUCAUAUACACUGUAUCUGCUGUUUCAGCUGGAAACGCAUCGUGAUAAUGUCUUGUUGCAUAGGGACCGGCAGAGGAUGGGAGGAAACGGAUCGUGAUAAUGUCUUGUUGCAUAGGGACCGGCAGAGGAUGGGAGGAAACGCAUCGUGAUAAUGUCUUGUUGCAUAGGGACCGGCAGAGGAUGGGAGGAAACGCAUCGUGAUAAUGUCUUGUUGCAUAGGGACCGGCAGAGGAUGGGAGGAAACGCAUCGUGAAAAUGUCUUGUUGCAUAGGGACCGGCAGAGGAUGGGAGGAAACGCAUCGUGAUAAUGUCUUGUUGCAUAGGGACCGGCAGAGGAUGGGAGGAAACGCAUCGUGAUAAUGUCUUGUUGCAUAGGGACCGGCAGAGGAUGGGAGGAAACGCAUCGUGAUAAUGUCUUGUUGCAUAGGGACCGGCAGAGGAUGGGAGGAAACGCAUCGUGAUAAUGUCUUGUUGCAUAGGGAUCGGCAGAGGAUGGGAGGAAACGCAUCGUGAUAAUGUCUUGUUGCAUAGGGAUCGGCAGAGGAUGGGAGGAAAUGGAUAGGCAGGACUCUGUCAUGUUCCUGUUGAUUACUUAGGUGUGGUGCAGGUAUCAGUUGUCAGGUCCAUACUCCCGUUCACUAACACUGAUCUACAACUGAUCCAGGAACAGCAUCCACGGUGUAAAUGUAGCACUAUUUAUACUAGAUGGGCUCAUCAGUGUUCAAUCUAUUUCAUUUAAUCUAAGAAGACGUUUGUCUGACAGUUCGAUCCAUGAUGGGCUGUCAGCUUUUGUAGAAUAUCUACGAUCUGAUGGAUACUGUUUCUUCAUAGAAUUAGACUGUUCUGAUUCGGAGAAGAGUUCCUAAUUUGUGCCCCCUCUGAGUUUUCCCCUUGUCAAGUUGACUGACAUCAUAUAUGACGUCAUAGGUCAGGAUAGACUCUGGGCCGCCUCCCAUCAGGUCUUCUGAGGUACUUGGCAUGCGUUUCCUCCCUCCUCUCUCUGUCAUUGGAUACCCAUGUCUGUUGCUCCCCAACCAAUCAUACAGUCUCUGCCUCUAGAAUCUCUUCGUCUGCGUCCUGAAUGGCACCCUAUUCCCUUGAACAGUGCACUACUUUUGACCCGUGCCCAUAGGAUUCUGGUUAAAAGAAGUUCACUAUGUAGGGAAUAGGCAGCUAUUUGGGAUGCAUCCUUUCUGCUCAGUGACUCGAUAGGAAGGGCUUCUCUGCGUCUGGAAUCCUACUGUGUGUAAAUAAUAUUUUACUUCUCUCUCUUCCUCUAUCGCUUUUCUUUCUCUCUUUUUGAAAAGCUCUUUUGGUGGUGAUGUCAUGAUGUAUCUGAAGGAAGUAGGAAGUUCUUUACUCUGAGAGCGUCGUGUUCUCUCUGCGGUUUGAGUGGAGGUUUGCCGAUGCCCAUGUGGUGUUUUUAUUGGGAGAAAUAAGCCAGUGAUGGGUUGACUGAACGUUGCUGGAAUGUUUAACAUCAGGGGCUUUCCUUUCCUCCUGUCCCUCUUCGUGUUGCCAACGUCUCUGCUCUGCACACGUCCCUUUGCCUGUUCUUAAACCUUACUGUGUGUGUGUCCUCGUGUGUGAUAUGAGUCUUUCUCCCCACAAACCAUUCCUAAGCGUCAAAUGCUCCCGUAUUUAUGAUUGCUUUUGCCCUUGAUGUUACCUUGUGUGUGUGUGUGUGUGUGUAUAUAUAUAUAAACGCCUAAUAUAAGUAGUGACUCCUGCCUCACCUGUACAGGUAUUAAAGCAAUAUGGAGGACAGGUAUAGAUGUCCAUGCUAACGUGUGUUAGGUGUUUCUGUUUAACACACACCUUGCAAUACCUGCGUAUGCUGUAGACAAGCCCAUACAUCACACACACGCUUCUCUGCGUCCGAUAGAAAUGUGAAAAGAGCUAAACAUGUUGAGUGUGAUUAACAUGAGAAGUGCUGAGGCAUCAGGCUUUGUCCACAGGCAGCCACGAACACUAAAGUACACCUGACCAAACCUUUAUUGAACAUUAUUGAACCUUAUUGAACCUUAUUGUUGCAGUAGCAGAAAUAGCUCCAUCGUCACUAGAGGGAUUUCUCCAACUUAAUAACACUUGUGAGGUUUUGACUGAGGAGGAGACCAAGUCGUGUUAUUUCUGACAAAACGAUGCACUACGUAUCCAGUUUGAUGCUCUCGUCAGCCCUCUCCUCUCAAAGUCUUUCCUGUAGAACACUUUUGCAUGGAUGGAUGUUUGUGUAGAUCCCUGGUCUCUUCCCUCAUAUUGUCUGCUGGCCUGAAACUGUUCCUAUCUCAGCCACUGGCUCUCACACUAGUGGGAGAUAUGAAGAGGUUAGACAUCGUAUUGGACACAAUCCUCAUUGGUGGUCAAGCUGCUCUCCCUUCCCCCUCUGAAGUAGCCAGUGGAAGUCAUUAUUAGCCAAUAGUGUGAGCUGUCCUCCCUUAUAGUUGGGUUCAGGAAGCAUCAAAAAGCUAGCCUGGAAUCCAGAAGAUUGGUUUCAAUGGUGAAACGGAGCAUAUCAGUUUGGUUUCCAGGCUGUCUAGAAUCUCCUCUUUAGACGUGAGACGUUGAGACAUGUAUCAGUGUCCCUGCCAGGGAGAAGAGCACUAUGGGGGACACACUCACCAUGUCAAUCAGUCUGGUGUUACUUACGUACCAUUAAACCAGCCACAGCUCUCCCUUCUAUACAUGCCAGUCGACACAUCAGCACAGCGUUCACCACAUGUACAUAGAUGUAAUCAACAAACCGUAAUAAACAAACUAUGGUCAUUUGUUUUUGUUUAUUUGGUUCCCGUGUGUAUUUGGUGACCUCUUUGUCGUUGCUCAUUCAUCCUGUAUGUAGCUACACAACCCAACCCGAGACGACUGCCAGUCAAAUUAUUUAAUAGGGUUCUAAUGCGAUCUAGAUAUGGAAGAAGACCCCUCUCCUCCUAACUGCUUGGGUUCAGUUAUCAGUCUAGUCCAUCCACCUCUAUUGUGACCUAUCAGCAUCAAGCAGCGUUAUUAUUCCAAUUGUCAUUGAUCUUCUAAUUAUUAUUGUUAUUAUUAUUGUUCUAUUGAGUUUGUGUCAUCUGUACAGUACUGUGUUGAUACCUAAUACAGUCUUCUACUGUAAUGUGUCUCUUUUCAAUAAAGACAAAAUAUGCUUCUUAA